AUGUGUUCAGGCUUCACUCUCAGUUUCAAGUGUCCAAAAGCGUUUCCUUUCGUCAUUUUCGUCAAUCAAGUGUUUCAGGCUUCACUCUCCAGUUUCAAGUGUCCAAAAGCGUUUCCUCGUCAUUUCUAUCAAGUGUGUUCAGGCUUCACUCUCCAGCUUCAAUCUCCAGUUCAAGUGUCCAAAAGCGUUUCCUCGUCAUUUCUAUCAAGUGUGUUCAGGCUUCCUCUCCAGUUUCAAGUGUCCAAAAUAUUUCCUCGUUUUCUAUCAAGUCAUUCACUCUCCAUUUCAAGUGUUGAAAAGCGUAGCCUCGUCAUUUCUAUCAAGUGUGUUCGACUUCUCUCCAGUUUCAAGUGUCCAAAAGCGUUUCAUUUUUUCUAUCAAGUGUGUUCAGGCUUCUCCAGUUUCAAGUGUCCAAAAGCCUUUCCUCGUCAUUUCUCCAGUCAAGUGUGUUCGUCAUUUUUCACUCUCUUCACUCUCCAGCUUCACUUUCAAAUCAAGUGUGUUCGUUUCCUCGUCAUUUCAAUCAAAAAGCGUUUCUCGUCAUUUUUCUAUCAAGGCCGCCGUUCAAGCUUCACUCUCAGUUUCCAAAGUGUCCAAAAGCGUUUCCUCGUCAUUUCUAUCAAGUGUGUUCAGGCUUCACUCUCCAGCUUCCGGUCUCCAGUUUUUCAAGUCCAAAAGCGUUUCCUCGUCAUUUCUAUCAAGUGUGUUCAGGCUUCCUCUCCAGUUUCAAGUGUCCAAAAGCGUUUCCUCGUCAUUUCUAUCAAGUGUGUUCAGGCUUCAAUCUCCAGUUUCAAAGUGUCCAAAAGCGUUUCCUCGUCAUUUCUAUCAAGUGUGUUCAGGCUUCUCUCCAGUUUCAAGUGUCCAAAAGCGUUUCCUCGUCAUUUUCUCCAUCAAUUUGUUCUCGUCAUUUCCCAGGCUUCACUCUCCAGUUUCAAGUGUCCAAAGCGUUUCCUCGUCAUUUCUAUCAAUGUCGUCCAGGCUUCACUCUCCAGUUUCAAGUGUCCAAAGCGUUUCCUCGUCAUUUCUAUCAAGUGUGUUCAAGGCUUCACUCUCCAGUUCAAAAAAAAGCGUUUCCUCGUCAUUUCAAAAGCGUUUCCUUUCAGAAGUCAUUUCUAUUUCAAUCAAGUGUGUUCAAGCUUCACUCUCAGUUUCAAGUGUCCAAAAAGCGUUUCCUCGUCAUUUCUAUCAAAUUGUGUUCAUCUUCCUCUCCAGUUUCAAGUGUCCAAAAGCGUUUCCUCGUCAUUUUUUCUAUCAAGUGUGUUCCAUUUCAAUCUCAGUUUCAAGUGUCCAAAAGCGUUUCUCGUCAUUUCUAUCAAUUGUGUUCAGGCUUCACUCUCAGUUUCAAGUGUCCAAAAGCGUUUCCUCGUCAUUUCAAUCAAGUGUGUUCAGGCUUCACUCUCCAGUUUCAAGUGUCCAAAAGCGUCCCUCGUCAUUUCUAUCAAGCUUCACUCUCCAGUUUCAAGUGUCCAAAAACGUUUCCUCGUCAUUUCUAUCAAGUGUGUUCCUUUUUCAAUCUCCAGUUUCAAGUGUCCAAAAGCGUUUCCUCGUCAUUUUCUCAAGUCAUUUCUAUCGUUCAGGCUUCCUCUCCAGUUUCAAUGGUGUCCAAAAGCGUUUCCUCGUCAUUUCAAUCAAGCUUGUGUUCAGGGCUUCAAGCUCGUUUCAAGUCCAAAGCGUUCCAAAAGCGUUUCCUCGUCAUUUUCAAUCAAUUUUGUUCAUUUCCACCUCUCAGUUUCAAGUGUCCAAAAGCGUUUCCUCGUCAUUUCUAUCAAGUGUGUUCAGGCUUCACUCUCAGUUUUCCAAAAGCGUUUCCUCGUCAUUUCUAUCAAGUGUUUCAGGCUUCACUCUCCAGUUUCAAGUGUCCAAAGCGAUUUCUCGUCAUUUCUAUCAAAGUGUGUUCAGGCUUCACUCUCCAGUUUCAAAGUGUCAAAAAGCGUUUCCUCGUCAUUUCAAUCAAGUGUGUUCAGGCUUCACUCUCCAGUUUCAAGUGUCCAAAGCGUUUUCUCGUCCAUUUUCAAUCAAGCUCGUUUAUUUUUCAAUCCAUUUUCAAAAUCAAAAGCUCGUCCAUUUUCAAUCAAAGUGUGUCCAUUUUCAAUCUCAUCGUCCAUUUCCAAUCAAUCUCCUUUAUUUUCAAUCAAGUCGUUCAUUUCAAUCAAGUUUUAUUUUCAAUCAAGCUCGUCCAUUUUUCAAUCAUGUUCGAUUAUUUUCAAUCUCGUCCAUUUUUCAAUCAAGUUCGAUUAUUUUCAAUCAAGCUCGUCCAUUUUCAAUCAAGCUCGUCCAUUUUCAAUCAAGUUCGAUUAUUUUUCAAUCUCGUCCAUUUUCAAUCAAGUUCCUUUAUUUUCAAUCAAGCUCGUCCAUUUCAAUUUUUUCAAUCAAGUCGUCCAUUUUCAAUCAAGCUCGUCCAUUUUCAAUCAAGUUCGUCCAUUUUCAAUCUCGUCCAUUUUCAAUCAAGUUCGUUUAUUUUCAAUUUCAAGCUCGUCCAUUUUCAAUCAAGCUCGUCCAUUUUCAAUCAAGCUCGUCCAUUUUCAAUCAUGUUCGAUUAUUUUCAAUCUCGUCCAUUUUCAAUCAAGCUCGUUUAUUUUCAAUCAAGCUCGUCCAUUUUUUCAAUCAAGCUCGUCCAUUUUCAAUCAAGCUGUUCCAUUUUUUCAAUCAAGUUCGUCCAUUUCAAUCAAGUUCGUCCAUUUUCAAUCAAGCUCGUCCAUUUUCAAUCAAGCUCGUCCAUUUUCAAUCAAGCUCGUCCAUUUUCAAUCAUGUUCGAUUAUUUUCAAUCAUUUCGUCAAGUUCAUUUUUUCAAUCAAGCUCGUCCAUUUUCAAUCAAGCUCGUCCAUUUUCAAUCAUGUCCAUUUUUUUCAAUCAAGUUUCUCGUCCAUUUUCAAUCAAGUUCGUCCAUUUUCAAUCAAGCUCGUUUUUCAAUCAAGCUUUCAAUCAAGCUCGUCCAUUUUCAAUCAAGUUCGUCCAUUUUCAAUCAAGCUCGUCCAUUUUUUUCAAUCAAUCUCGUCCAUUUUCAAAUCAAGUUCGUCCAUUUUCAAUCAAGCUUCCAUUUCAAUCAAUCAAGCUCGUCCAUUUUCAAUCAAGUUCGUUUAUUUUCAAAAUUUCAAUCAAGCUCGUCCAUUUUCAAUCAAGCUCGUCCAUUUUCAAUCAAUUUCGAUUAUUUUCAAUCUCGUCCAUUUUCAAUCAAACUUGUUUAUUUCAAUAAAAACUCGUCCAUUUUCAAUCAAGCUCGUCCAUUUUCAAUCAUGUUCGAUUAUUUUCAAUCUCGUCCAUUUUCAAUCAAGUUCGUUUAUUUUCAAUCAAGCUCGUCCAUUUUUUCAAUCAAGCUCGUCCAUUUUCAAUCAAGUUCGUUAUUUUCAAUCAAGCUCGUCCAUUUUUUUUAAUCAAGCUCGUCCAUUUUCAAUCAAGCUCGUCCAUUUUCAAUCAAGCUCGUCCAUUUUCAAUCAAGUUCGUCCAUUUUCAAUCAAGCUCGUCCAUUUUCAAUCAAGUUCGUUUAUUUCAAUCAAGCUCGUCCAUUUUCAAUCAAGCUCGUCCAUUUUUCAAUCAUGUUCGAUUAUUUUUUCAAUCAAUCUCGUCCAUUUUCAAUCAAGCUCGUUUAUUUUCAAUCAAGCUCGUCCAUUUUCAAUCAAGCUCGUCCAUUUUUCAAUCAUGUUCGAUUUUUUUUCAAUUUUCCAAUCAAAGUUCGUUUAUUUUCAAUCAAGCUCGUCCAUUUUCAAUCAAGCUCGUCCAUUUUCAAUCAAGUUCGUCCAUUUUCAAUCAAGCUCGUCCAUUUUCAAUCAAAGCGUCCAUUUUCAAUCAAUCGCGUCCAUUUUCAAUCUCAAAUCAAGUUCGUUUAUUUUCAAUCAAGUCCAUUUUCAAUCAAGUUCGUCCAUUUUCAAUCAAGUUCGUCCAUUUUCAAUCAAGCUCGUCCAUUUUCAAUCAAGUUCGUUUAUUUUCAAUCAAAGCGUUUUUAUUUUCAAUCAAGCAUUUUUCAAUCAAGCUCGUCCAUUUUUCAAUCAAGCUCGUUUUUCAAUCAAGCUCGUCAUUUUCAAUCAAUCUCGUCCAUUUUCAAUCAAGUUCGUUUAUUUUCAAUCAAGCCCAUUUUCAAUCAAUCGCGUCCAUUUUUCAAUCAAGCUCGUCCAUUUUCAAUCAAGCUCGUCCAUUUUCAAUCGUUCGUUUAUUUUUUUCAAUCAAGCUCGUCCAUUUUCAAUCAUGUUCGAUUAUUUUCAAUCUCGUCCAUUUUCAAUCAAGCUCGUCCAUUUUCAAUCAAGCUCGUCCAUUUUCAAUCAAGCUCGUCCAUUUUCAAUCAUGUUCGAUUAUUUUUCAAUCAAUUUUCCAUUUUUUCAAUCAAGUUCGUUUAUUUUCAAUCAAGCUCGUUUAUUUUCAAUCAAGCUCGUCCAUUUUCAAUCAAGCUUUAUUUUCGUCCAUUUUUUUCAAUCAUGUUCGUUUAUUUUCAAUCUCGUCCAUUUUCAAUUUCAUUUUUCCAUUCAAUUCAAUAAAACUCGUCCAUUUUCAAUCAAGCUCGUCCAUUUUCAAUCAUGUUCGAUUUUUUUCAAUCUCGUCCAUUUUCAAUCAAGUUCGUUUAUUUUCAAUCAAGCUCGUCCAUUUUUCAAUCAAGCUCGUCCAUUUUCAAUCAAGUUCGUUUAUUUUCAAUCAAAUCAAGCUCGUCCAUUUUCAAUCAAUCUCGUCCAUUUUCAAUCAAGUUCGUUUAUUUUCAAUCAGCUCGUCCAUUUUCAAUCAAGCUCGUCCAUUUUCAAUCAAUCUCGUCCAUUUUCAAUCAAUCUCGUUUAUUUUCAAUCAAGCUCGUCCAUUUUCAAUCAAGCUCGUUUAUUUUCAAUCAAGCUCGUCCAUUUUCAAUCAAGCUCGUCCAUUUUCAAUCAAGCUCGUCCAUUUUCAAUCAAGCUCGUCCAUUUUCAAUCAAGCUCGUCCAUUUUCAAUCAAGCUCGUCCAUUUUCAAUCAAUCUCGUCCAUUUUCAAUCAAGCUCGUCCAUUUUCAAUCAAGCCCGUCCAUUUCAAUUUCAAUCUCGUCCAUUUUCAAUCAAGCUUCGUUUAUUUUCAAUCAAGCUCGUCCAUUUUCAAUCAAGCUCGUCCAUUUUUCAAUCAUGUUCGAUUAUUUCAAUCAAUCUCGUCCAUUUUCAAUCAAGUUCGUUUAUUUUCAAUCAAGCUCGUCCAUUUUUCAAUCAAGCUCGUCCAUUUUCAAUCAAGCUUCGUUUUAUUUUCAAUCAAGCUCGUCCAUUUUCAAUCAAUCUCGUUUAUUUUCAAUCAAUCUCGUCCAUUUUCAAUCAAUCUCGUCCAUUUUCAAUUUUUUUUCAAUCAAGCUCGUCCAUUUUCAAUCAAAUUUUCAAUCAAGCUCGUCCAUUUUCAAUCAAGCUCGUCCAUUUUCAAUCAAGUUCGUUUAUUUUCAAUCAAGCUCGUCCAUUUUUCAAUCAAUCUCGAUUAUUUUCAAUCAAGCUCGUCCAUUUUCAAUCAAUCUCGUCCAUUUUCAAUCAAGUCGAAGUCCAUUUUCAAUCAAAGCUCGUCCAUUUUCAAUCAAGCUCGUCCAUUUUCAAUCAAGCUCGUCCAUUUUCAAUCAAAACCACACUCGUCCAUUUUCAAUCAAGCUCGUCCAUUUUUUCAAUCAAGCUCGUCCAUUUUCAAUCAAGCUCGUCCAUUUUCAAUCAAGUUCGUUUAUUUUCAAUCAAGCUCGUCCAUUUUCAAUCAAGUUCGUUUUAUUUCAAUCAAGCUCGUUUAUUUUCAAUCAAAACAGCUCGUCCAUUUUCAAUCAAUUUUCAAUCAAGUCCCAUUUUCAAUCAAGCUCGUUUAUUUUCAAUCAAGCUCGUCCAUUUUCAAUCAAGCUCGUCCAUUUUCAAUCCAAGCUCGUUUAUUUUCAAUCAAGCUCGUCCAUUUUCAAUCAAGUCCCAUUUUUUCAAUCAAUCGUUUCAUUUUCAAUCAAUCUCGUCCAUUUUCAAUCAAGCUUUCAAUCAAGCUCGUCCAUUUUUCAAUCAAGUCGUCCAUUUUCAAUCAAGCUCGUUUAUUUUCAAUCAAGCUCGUCCAUUUUCAAUCAAGUUCGUUUAUUUUCAAUCAAGCUCGUCCAUUUUCAAUCAAGUCGUUUAUUUUCAAUCAAGCUCGUCCAUUUUUUCAAUCAAGUUCGUUUAUUUUUUUCAAUCAAGCUCGUCCAUUUUCAAUCAAGCUUCGUCCAUUUUCAAUCAAGCUCGUCCAUUUUCAAUCAAGCUCGUCCAUUUCAAUCAAGCUCGUCCAUUUCAAUCAAGCUCGUCCAUUUUCAAUCAAGCUCGUUUAUUUUCAAUCAAGCUCGUCCAUUUUCAAUCAAGUUCGUUUUCAAUCAUUUCCAUUUUCAAUCAAGCUCGUCCAUUUUCAAUUCGUCCAUUUUCAAUCAAGUUCGUUUAUUUUCAAUCAAGCUCGUCCAUUUUCAAUCAAGUUCGUCCAUUUUCAAUCAAGCUCCAUUUUCAAUCAAAGUUCGUUUAUUUUCAAUCAAGCUCGUCCAUUUUCAAUCAAGUCGUCCAUUUUCAAUCAAGCUCGUCCAUUUUCAAUCAAGCUCGUUUAUUUUUCAUUUUCAAUUUUCAAUCAAAGCUCGUCCAUUUUCAAUCAAGCUCGUCCAUUUUCAAUCAAGCUCGUCCAUUUUCAAUCAAGCUCGUCCAUUUUCAAUCAAGCUCGUUUAUUUCAAUCAAGCUCGUCCAUUUUCAAUCAAGUUCGUCCAUUUUCAAUCAAGUUCGUUUAUUUUCAAUCAAGCUCGUCCAUUUUCAAUUUUAUUUUCAAUCAAGCUCGUCCAUUUUCAAUCAAGUUCGUUUAUUUUCAAUCAAGCUCGUCCAUUUCAAUCAAGUUCGUUUAUUUUCAAUCAAGUCUCGUCCAUUUUCAAUCAAGCUCGUCCAUUUUCAAUCAAGUUCGUUUAUUUUCAAUCAAGCUCGUCCAUUUUUCGUCAUUUCAAUCAAGUUCGUUUAUUUUCAAGCUCGUCCAUUUUCAAUCAAGUUCGUUUAUUUUUCAAUCAAGCUCGUCCAUUUUUUCAAUCAAGUUCGUUUAUUUUCAAUCAAGCUCGUCCAUUUUCAAUCAAGUUCGUUUUAUUUUCAAUCAAAACAAUCCAUUUUUCAAUCAAGCUUCGUUUAUUUUCAAUCAAGCUCGUCCAUUUUCAAUCAAGCUCGUUUAUUUUCAAUCAAGCUCGUCCAUUUUCAAUCAAGCUCGUUUAUUUUCAAUCAAGCUCGUCCAUUUUCAAUCAAGCUCGUCCAUUUUUUCAAUCAAGUUCGUUUAUUUUCAAUCAAGCUCGUUAUUUUCAAUUUUUCAAUCAAGCUCGUUUAUUUUCAAUCAAGCUCGUCCAUUUUCAAUCAAGUUCCAUUUCAAUUUUCAAUCAUUUUCAAUCAAGCUCGUCCAUUUUCAAUCAAGUUCGUUUAUUUUCAAUCAAGCGUCCAUUUUCGUCCAUUUUCAAUCAAGCUCGUUUAUUUUCAAUCAAGCUCGUCCAUUUUCAAUCAAGCUCGUCCAUUUUCAAUCGUCCAUUUUCAAUCAAGCUCGUCCAUUUUCAAUCAAGCUUUCAAUCGUCCAUUUUCAAUCAAGCUCGUCCAUUUUCAAAUCAAGCUCGUCCAUUUUUUCAAUCAAGUUCGUUUAUUUUCAAUCAAGCUCGUCCAUUUUCAAUCAAGUUCGUUUUUUUUUCCAAGCUUCCAUUUUCAAUCAAAUUGUUCGUCCAUUUUCAAUCAAGUUCGUUUAUUUCAAUCAAGCUCGUCCAUUUUCAAUCAAGUUCGUUUAUUUUCAAUCAAGCUCGUCCAUUUUUCAAUCAAGCUCGUUUAUUUUCAAUCAAGCUCGUCCAUUUCAAUCAAGCUCGUCCAUUUUCAAUCAAGCUCGUCCAUUUUCAAUCAAGUUCGUUUAUUUUUCAAUCAAGCUCGUCCAUUUUCAAUUUUUCAAUUGUUCGUUUAUUUUCAAUCAAGCUCGUUUAUUUUCAAUCAAGCUCGUCCAUUUUCAAUCAAGUUCGUUUAUUUUCAAUCAAGCUCGUCCAUUUUCAAUCAAGCUCGUUUAUUUUCAAUCAAGCUCGUCCAUUUUCAAUCAAGUUCGUUUAUUUUCAAUCAAGCUCGUCCAUUUCAAUCAAGCUCGUUUAUUUUCAAUCAAGCUCGUUUAUUUUCAAUCAAGCUCGUCCAUUUUCGAAUCAAGCUCGUUUAUUUUCAAUCAAGCUCGUCCAUUUUCAAUACUCUUGAUUUCAAGUGUCCAAGCGUUUUCCCUCGUCAUUUUUCUAUCAAGUUUGUUCAGGCUUCACUCCUCCAGUUUCAAGUGUCCAAAAGCGUUUUCCUCGUCAUUUCUAUCAAGAAGUGUUCAGGGCUUCCACUCUCCAGUUCCAAGUGUCCAAAAAGCGUUUCCUCGUCAUCAAUCAAUUGUGUUCAGGCUUCAAUCUCCCGUUUCAAGCUUCCUCUCCAGUUUCAAGUGUCCAAAACGUUUCCCUCCUCAUUUUCUAUCAAUUGUGUUCCAGGCUUCACUCCCGUUGCAAAGUGUUCCAAAAGCGGUCCUCAUUGUCCAAAAGUGAUUCCUUCACUCAUUUCUAUGUCCAAGCGUUUCUACGUCAUUUCAGGCUUCACUCUCCGGUUUUACGUGUCCAAAAGCGUUUCUUCGUCAUUUCUAACGUUCAGGCUUCACUCUCCAGUUUCAAGUGUCCAAAAACGUAGCCUCGUCAUUUCUAUCAAGUGUGUUCAGGCUUCACUCCCCAGUUUCAAGUGUCCAAAAAGCGUCUCCUCGUCAUUUCUAUCAAGUUUGUUCAGGUUUCCUCUCAGUUUCAAAGUGUCCCAAAAGCGUUUCCUCGUCAUUUUUAUCAAGUGUGUUCAGGCUUCACUCUCCAGUUUUAAAGGUCCAAAAGCGUUUCCUCGUCAUUUCUAUCAAGUGUACUCAGGCUUCCUCUCCAGUUUCAAGUGUCCAAAUGCGUUUCCUCGUCAUUUCUAA